AUGGGCGACCUCGCCAAGUCUAACAGCGAGGAUGGGGCGGGGCGGGGCGGCCGGGGGGGCGGGGCAGCGUCGAGGGCGGCGGUAGACUUGUCGGAGAGUAACUAUGAUGAGUUCUCGGGGUAUUCGGACAGGCUGUUCCGGGAAACCCCGUGA